CCGACGACUCCUGCUCAUCGUCACCCACGACGAUUCACGACCCGUGAUAUCAAGGCCUCUCACCGCCGGUCGUGAUGAGCGAAUAUCCACCCUUUGCUCUUGAUGAUCUGGUUCAUAUCAUGUCCCUCUCCCCGGCGCCACCACUCGCAACACUGGAUGACUCUCAACUACCCCUCCGCCCCAAGACCGCAUCUCCUAGGCCCCAAAUUGACAAUGGCGAACAAGAGGUACGCAUAAAUAUCACAGACAUGCAUGAUCUCAGUGUAGGGGAGAAAGAGCUACCCGAUUUGGUGGUGAAGGAAACUAGUGGGGUGCAUCCUGACACAGAGCAAGUCAUUAGGCAGGCUGAAAUCAUAUCCUGCCUAAUUGUCCAGCGCGAUAUGCUCUUGCGACAGGCAGAGGAGCAGAGACUGCGGUGGAACUCAGAGAAGGAUAGUUGGGCACGGAUGGCCGAAGCUCUCAUUGCACAGCAGUCAAAGCACAGGAGUCCGUCUGACAAGGAUGAAGAGCUUGAGCGACAACAAGCUAUAACUGAGGCAGACAAUCGGAGUCUCCGCCAACGACUUCAUGAAACUCAAUUGCGUCUCUCCAUCCUCGAAGGUGAACUAUCCCGCCUCCGCCCUUUGCUUCUCAUGCAACCUCUCGCAUUAAACGGACAUGUCAGCCUGAAUCAAGUACCAAAAACUCGUCUACACCGGCGGAGAAGGAAGGAUCCGCAAACUACUGAGGACGAGGACCCUGGUCUUGAUCCUUCUGACGAUGACCAUCCAGGAGACACUGAGGACACGCCUACAACCACACCAAAGCAGAAAUCUCGUAUAACAACAAAUCUCCAUCCGCAUCCUUCCAAGCGCCAGCACUCUCAAAGACGUCCUUCGCGUGUUCUAACUGCAGAUGCUAGAACAGAACACUUACUGCUAGCAGCAAAGAAAAUCGGAAAACAGCGUGCUGGCAUAAUGGCUGGCCUCACACAGACCCUGGACAAGCAGCGAGAGGAAUCAACUUCAACCGUUGUUGCUACCCCCAAGACACCAAAGCGCACAACGGCUGUUCCUCCUGGGCCAGGGUACGUCUAUCUUAAUAGUCCAAUGCGCCCAGGUGCUGUGCCAGUGCUUGUUCCUGCAUAUUCACGUCACAUGCUACAAACUCCAAGCUCUUCUAAGACAACGGCUUCAGCGUCUUCCUCCACUCAUCAGCUGAAGAAGCAGCAAGGUGCGCGUACACAUCACCCACCAACGCCUUUGGACUCUCUUUUGAGUGCAGCAAGGUCAAUGAUGGACAACGAGGAAGAUGAUGAAGAAACUACCAUUGGCAUGAGGCGUUCGCGAUCAAGUGACAUGCCUGACAGUCCUAUACCAAAACGCAGGAAGAUAGCUGCUCGGGACAAGGUCAGUGCGCUCAGAGACCAAACAAGAGAUCAAAGUGGAGGACAGCCAAAUAAUAGUUCAGCUGGCUCCAGUUCAACUGCAGUCGGCAGGAUUAGAUCAGGGCUGGACGUUUUAGCUGACCAAGCUGCUGCAUUCUCUUCGCAAGACCAACAUAGUCAUUUGGAACCUCACUUACUGCCUAAGGGUAAAGGGAAGGAGAAGGCUCUCAUUCCUGAUACUUCCCCCGAUAAUCAACUGAGAGAGAAAAGCAGGUCAAAGAAGAAGCAAUCUUUACCUAAUGUUGUGCCUCAGCCCCCCCAGUCCCGUCGACCCUCACCUUUGCCUCGAGCAAAUGCAGUUGACUGGGGUUCUGGACCGCCAAAUCUACGUCCAGUUCAAUGGACCGAGGGACCUAUACAAGUUUCGCCUGGCGACCACGGUUCUUCCCGUGAGAUCGCAGCCGCCUCUCAGCCUAUAACAUCAUCCCUCACACCCCCUCCACGACCUGAUUCGGCUGAUCAAGUGAUACAUGAUACUCCCAGCAGCGCGGCUACUUCACCACAUAUCCCUCUCGUCGAGCCCACUCCCGAUCACAGCGUGGAUGCGCCCCCCAGUCAGUCAGUACUCAUUGAUCCAUUCCUUGUACCCCUUUCUCCCCAGAAUGACAGUUCCACAGCUACAAAAGCUGUGGCCUCGUCAUCUGUACUACACCAACGGGCAGUCACUACCCCAAUUAGUAGUAGUUCGGGAGAUGCCCCGUCGGAUUUGCAAGCACAUCUGCGACACGAGACAGCUCCUGGAAACACCGACGCAGGGAGUGCUGAUUCGAUCGCUGAUGACGCCGGACCGAGUUUUGGUGCUGCAACUGGAAUUGAAUCCGUGGCGAUCACGAAGAGCAAGGAGGUCACCAGGGUUGUGGGCCAAGAUGUCCCAAAGAGGCAGCGAAGCCCCUACGUCAAGUGGAGCAAGGAGGAAGAUGAUUUACUUGCUCAGGCUGUUGCCAAAUACGGACAGAAAUGGGACUUGGUUCAGAAAGCAUUACCAUCGAGGGGAUAUCACCAAGUUCGGCAGCGAUGGCUUCGCAAGCUAGGGGUCUUCGACAGCAAACCAGACUUGUCCGCCUUUCAAACUGGUAGCUUCCCGUCUGGCUCGCGUUUAGGAGAGACGCCAGGAUCACCCGUUACAGCUGAACCUCCUCCAAAUCCGAAGUUGGGACUUGCUCCGUUGAGCAGUGAACUUGCUUUUUCGUCGUUUUUAUCUAGCAGAGCGGAGAGUCGACCGUCGUAGCAAAAUUCUAGCCGCCUUGGUAAUUGCUGAGAGUAUUGUACUUUACUGUUUAUCACUAGUAGCACCAUUCGCCGGUCAUGGUGUAAUUGUUGUGCGGAUAUUAUGUAGUAGCUGCUUGAUUUUUUUUAGGAUUGUUAUGGAGAAUGCAACACUCUAAAUUUCAAGGUCUGAUGGUGACUGCAAUUCUUAUUCAA